AUGCAAUUGUACGGAUUGUGGAAUGUGCUAAAACUGUGCCUUAGAAUAACUAUUGUUUUUAGUUUGUGCUCUAAAAUUAUUAACGAAUAUACCUAUUUAUUUAUUACAAAAGCUUUUCCAAUUAUUAUACUUGAUCGGGGAGAUGUUACAUCAUGUCCUCAAUUACACCUCAACCAUCAACUUCUAAACAUGCUGAUGAAUUGAAAUUCUCACAGUCUUCUGAAGAAGCGGGACACAUAAGAAAAAAUAAAAAAAUUGUUAAAGUCCUAUACUCAGAAAUAUACGGCUGCAUGGGAACAAGAACCUGAAUUUAAAGGUUGGCCGAGGAGCAGCAAGAAAGGGUCCAAUUAUGCAUUCUGCAAGGCAUGCAAUAAAGAUGUUAUAUGUGGCAAAUCCGAAAUCCAGAAACAUUCUUCAGGAAAACAACACACCAAAUUGGUAAAAUCUUUACACAUACAAAACUUUGACGGAUAUGACAUCUUAUACCUAUGGAAAAAAUAUCUUUAACUAACAAAAUCAAAACUGCUGAAAUUCGAAUUGCAGCAUAUGCAGCUGAACAUAACAUUUCAUUCAAUACUUUAGACCAUUUAUCAGAAAUUAAAAUAAAUAUAAAUAAAAAAUCAUUUGACGAUUCAGAGAUUGCUAACAAUUUCACAUGUUCUCGCACCAAAGCUACAGCUGUUGUCAAUAAUGUUUUAGGGCACUACAGUUUUGAAGAUUCUAUUAAUUUAUUACAAAUAAAUAAAUUUUCAUUAAUUGCUGAUGAAUCUACCGAUAAAGGCGCAAUUAUACAUUUAGCUUUAGUGGCACGUAUUUUUUAUGAACAUAAAAUUACUGACUGGUUAUUUGGUAUAUUGCCUGUAGCAGAUGCAAUGGCAGAACUCUAAAACACUAUUGUAAAUUAUUUUUUAAAAUGUAAUAUUAAUUAUAAAGAAAAUCUAAUAGGCUUUGCAUCAGAUAGUGCAAGUGCUGUGAUGGGAAUUCAUAAUUCAUUAUCCACCAAACUAAAAGCCGAUAUUCCUAAUUUAUUCAUUAUGAAAUGUGUCUUGUCAUUCAUUGAGUUUCUGUGUUAAUUAUGCUUGUGCUAAAUUACCAGAUGAAAUUGAACAAAUGGCUAGAGAUACAUAUCUAUAUUAGUUUAAAAGACAAACUGAAUUUGCAGAAUUUCAAGAGCUUGUAGCAGUAAAAACUCAUAAAAUUUUACA